AUGAAACUGCUAUGUGAAGCGCCCGGGAACAGCCGAAAAGCCAUCCNCGUCACCAUCCUGCACGCCAAGGUCGCCCAGAAGUCCUACGGCAACGAGAAGAGGUUCUUCUGUCCUCCUCCCUGUGUUUACAUCAGCGGUCCGGGAUGGAGAGUCAUGCAGAACCAUCUGAAAGCGGCAGGUCAUGGAGACGCUGUGUAUCGAGUGUGUGGCUUUUUGUGUCUCGACAACACCAGCCAGUCUCAGGCUGACGCUUACAAACUGGUGUUCAACGAGCAGCCCAACUCCAGGAUGUUCGCCUCGGCCAAGUCCCUGUUCAUCUCCGACCAGGACAAGAGGAAACACUUCUGCCUGCUGCUGAGGCUCUUCCUGGGAAACAGACAGGAAGUGGGAUCGUUUCAGAGCCGGAUGAUCAAAGUUAUCUCCAAACCGUCGCAGAAGAGACAGUCCAUGAAGAACGCUGACCUUUGA